AUGCUUCUAUGCCAUUUAUUCAAUCUCCUUUCUUUCUUCCUUGAUAUAUCCACUCUUUCUUUCUUUCUUUCUUUCUUUCUUUCCUUCUUUCCUUUUGUUAAUAUUUCUCUACUCAAUACUAUUCAAUAUAUCUACUCUUUCUUUCAUUUUCGUUUCUUUCCUUUUUCGUUUCUUUUUUGCCUGUUUUCUUUUUCUUACUUCCUUUCUUUAUUACUUCCUUUAUUUUUAGUGUACCCACACUCUUUCUUCUUUCCUUUCUCUCUUUCUUCCUUCCUUCCUUUCUUGCUUUCUUUCUCUUUUUCUUCCUUCCUUUCUUUCUUUCUCUCUUUCUUCCUUCCUUCCUUUCUUGGUUUCUUCCUUUCUUUCUCUCUUUCUUCCUUCCCCUUCCUUUCUUUCUUUCCUUCUUUCUUUUUUGUAUCCACACUGUUUCUUGCUUCCUUCCUUCCUUCCUUCUUUUCUUGCUUUCUUUCUUCCUUUAUUUCUCUCUUUCUUCCUUCCUUUCUUUCUUUCUUUCUUUCUUCCUUCCCCCUCCUUUCUUUCUUUCUUUCUUUCUUUCUUUCUUUCUUUCUUUCUUCCUUCCUUUCUAAAUCGAGUAAAGGUCCUUUCAAGUUUUGGAUAAGGAACCGUGAAGCAAAAUUGGGUGAUGGUACCUGUUUGUCAUUUGGUGCAAAUUUCAUUGGAAUGUGGGAAGCAGUUCCUUGCAGCCUGAAAGGAUAUUUUAUUUGUAGCCUACCUUUGACUAAACUGCCAUCUUCCACUACCAAACUGUCUUCAGAAAUACCACAAACAACACCACUGACGACAACUCAGCUUUUUACUGAAACCUUACCGCCCACGACAACCAAUUUGCCUCUGAUUCCAUGUCCCAACGGAUGGAAGCAUUUUAACGGCUAUUGCUAUAAAGAAUUUUCCAAAUAUUUACAUGGAUUGACAUGGUCGAAAGCUAGAGAAAACUGUCGUUAUGCCGGUUCGGAAUUGGUCAGUAUCCACUCAGAGGAAGAGAUGCGAUUUUUACAGACCAAUGUGAUGAAACUUAAUGCAAAGUAUGCAUACUGGACAGGAGCUCAAAUCACACGAAAUAGAAUUGUUGCGUGGACAGACAAAAGCAAUGUCGACUUCGUUCCCCGAAUCUACGGCGAAUUACCAGAUUCAGUAAUAAGUUCCUGCGCAAUAAUACAAUAUACGACAAAUACAUUGGUACUGCGUAAAUGCGAACUAUUUGCUGAUUGGAUAUGCAAAUUUAAACAGGAUAUUCAAGAAAGAGACUUUACACCGCCAAAACGUGCACAUUGCAAUCUUCUAGGCCUCGAUUUAUGGUCACACUUCAAUGGUUCUUGUUUCCUAAGUCCACUUGAUUUCAAAAAGGUCACCUGGCACAACAGCAAGACCAUUUGUCAAAUUUUUGGCGGCCAAUUGGCCAGUAUACACAGUUUAGCAGAGAACUCAUACAUCCUCAAUACUUUUCACACCUACAUGUGGAUCGGCAUUCAUUCCCAUUUUUCGAAGCCAAAUAACACGUGGCUUGAUGGAAGUGUAAUUGACUUCACCAACUGGGAUGAAGGCGAACCUGAAAACAUUUAUGAAAAGCCCUGCACAGCAAUUGUUCCAAAUACAGGCAAAUGGCGCACUUUCAGUUGCUAUAAAAACUUUCCUUCACUUUGCAAAAGAUAUGAAAAAGAUGAUACUAUAAGUGUUAAACCAACAAAAUCUAUGACAGGGGGCUGUCCGAAGGGUUUUAUGGCUUAUGGUGCAAAGUGCUUUUUGAUUGGAGGAACUGGUCAAGGUGAACAACUGUCGUGGCAACAGGCAGAAUCAAAGUGUAGAAGUUACGGCGACCUUUAUGGACUUGCCAGUAUCAACAAUGUCUUUGAACAAGCAUUUAUAACUCAAAUGCUGUUCAAGUUCCCAUCAUCACUUUGGAUCGGGAUGCGUGUUAAGGAAGCUACGUUAACCUGGGAAGACAACUCUGAGAUUUCUUUCAUCCACCUACCGAAUUCGCAGAUCGAGCAAUUAUUUCAACUAAAAUAUGAGCAUUGUGUAGCGAUGCACACCGAAAGGACUGCCGCUGGGAUGUGGUUCCCGGCGUUCUGUGAGGAAAGAGCGGGUUACAUAUGCCAAGGCUAUCGAAAUAACAGCAUUCCUCUGCAGCCAAAAGUAAAAGACGAAUUCAAGUCAGGCUACGUUAAAUACAGAAAUUCCUAUUAUAAAUACGUGGAGGAUCUAAAAACAUGGCAAGAAGCAGAAGUUUUCUGUCAGUCAGAAGGCGGCCAUCUUGUGUCUGUGUUAAACGUUUAUGAAGAAGCGUUUUUAUACUUGCUCAACAAUUCCGACAUUGAAGAAUUUUGGAUGGGUGCCACUCAUAAAAAUGUAAGAUUUGUUUGUUCCUUGUACAAAGAAAAAAAAUAUCGAUUUCAAGGUCUGAGGCAUUUAAAUAUUAUCCACAAAUUUCACUUCGGGUUACAAUGA